CCGUAUUUCUAUAAUCCGGAAACACUGGAUUGCCAAUGGAAGCCACCACGUUUCCUGAAGCCACCUUCCGAUGUUGCUGCUGCUCUAAAUGGCCUGAACAGCCAUCAUCAUCAUCGGCAUAAACCGAUUUAUGCUGGCAAUGAACCGCUAAGUAGUGAUGCUAUAUCAGCCUCAUGCUCCGAAUCGUUUUCAACAAUCUCCGCGGUUUGUUUUGUGAGUACUCUUUUUUAA